GGUCUGAAGCCUCGUAGCGUCGCUCGGCGUCCAUGGCAGCGUUUUCGGUCGCCGGAAAGAUGAGCACUUCCGCCUUCCCUUCUUUCCCUCAAGGAUCCGGCGGGGCUUAGGCCGCGCUCCGACAGGCCAGGUUUAGACUGGGUGCCAUGCGGCGGCUUUGGCCGCCGCCACCUCUGUCGCUUUUGUUGGCGCUCCUUUCGGCGGCCGCGCUGUGCGGAGGAGGAGGAGCGGCGCCUGCCUCGCAUCUCACCGAGAAACUCCCCUCCACGUCGGCGCCCCCUCAGUCCGUCGUGCGAGCGGGCCCCGACGAUGCGCCCUCGGGCACGCCGGGCGGCAGCGGCCCUUCUGUCGGCGAGGGAGCGCGGGGCAGCGGCGUGAACGGGAGCAGCAGCAUGGCCGUCGCGCCCCCCGUCUCGGAGGUCAACAAGCUCAUGACCCAGCGCGCCCUUUCGGUGCUGGUCCUGGCCAGCGCGGCCCUCAUCGUUUACUUCGUCAUCCGGACCGUACGACUUAGACGAAGAAACAGGAAGACACGGAAAUAUGGUGUUCUGGACACAAACAUAGAAAAUACAGAGCUGACACCUUUAGAACAAGAUGAUGACGAUGAUGAUAACACAUUGUUUGAUGCCAAUCAUCCUCGAAGAUAAGUAUGUGCCUUGUGGGAAAAUAUUUCAAUUGUGGAGCAGCAAAAGAAGGCUGUUUGGAAGGAAUAAGAAGCCAGUAGCAGGGUUGGGGAUAUGAAAUGUAUUAUGACAUCCUUAGUUUGUUGCAAUAAAUACUAACAUUUUACUGUACCUUUUGUAUAUACAGAAAUAUUGUAAGUUCAAAGCCUAUGGAAAUAGUGCACUAAAUUUCUAAUCUAUUUUCAACAGGGUAUUUUCUGCUUGUGUUAAUUUGUGGUCUUCUUUUUGAAAUUCAUUUGUGGGCCAACUUUUUUUUAUGUAAACUGUGGUAAUUCAUUUCUGUGAACUCCCUGCAGCUAGCCAAAUCUAACCAUGUGUCUGAGGAAUGUAUGUUCUUAGUAAAUUAGAUAUAUACUGAAGCUCUGUGUGAAUGAUGCAAAUAAAUGUUUACGGUAUUCCUAACAUUCA